ACCGAGUUAAAGAAGAAGGAAGGAAGAAGAGUCUUCCUUCCUUUGUCUCUAUUAUAUAUCAUCACUUUGCAUCCCUACGUUUCUCGACGAAAGUCUCAAACUCUUCUCUCGACCUCUUCCUCUCCUCUCUCUUACCCAAAGAAAAAACCUUAAAAGCGCCGAUUCUUUAAUGGAUAUAUCGCCUCUACGAUCUUAUUCCUCCUCUUCAUCUUCAAGACUUUUAUUGCUCUUCUUUUGUCGUUUUCGUGCUUCGAUCCCUUCUUCUUCUAAUCUUGUUUCCCAUCCUUGUUCUAGUUUUCAGUUUCUCUUAUAAUUCCUUUUUUGAUUCCCAUCCUUUUUCUACUAAUUUUCGCAAAGUAUAUUGAAUUUAGCCAACCGCAGACAAGAUAAUCAUGGGGAGGAAAUCACAGCGUAAUAAGAACGCGACAAUGUUUGAUAGUGAUGAUGAUACAAGUAGUGUAAGCUCUUCCUCCACCAUGCCAUCAUCUGAGAGAGUCUUGAAUGAUGAUGUCACUGUUCACAAAGAUGCUUUGUUGGAUCAAUCCCUUGAUGCUCUCUACGAGAAGAGGAGUUCAACGAGAGAGCAAGCUUUGGCUUCCAUUGUUGAUGCAUUUAACAGCGACUUGCAGCAUGAGUUUGUCGAAAACAAGUUUGCGACUUUAUUGCAUCAGUGUUUACACUGCGUUAAGAAAGGGUCUACCAAGGAGACCGCAUUAGCUUCUCAUGUUAUUGGGUUGCUAGCAUUAACUGUUGGACUUGGGGAUCAAGCUAAAGAGGUUUUGGAAGAAUCUGUUACUCCUCUUUCUCAAGCCCUUAAAUCUGGUCGUGAAAUCUUGAAAAUAACUUCGGUACUCGAGUGUUUAGCAAUCAUAACCUUUGUUGGUGGGGCUGAUCCAGAGCAAACCGAGAAAUCGAUGCAGAUUAUCUGGCAAAUGAUCCACCCCAAACUAGGGUCUAAUGUUGUGGCAACCAAACCUUCACCUGCUGUAAUAAGUGCUGUUGUCUCUUCCUGGGCAUUUCUGCUCACAACUGUUGAUCGCUGGACACUAGGUCCUAAAAUUUGGCAAGAGACCGUAGCUUAUCUCUCUACAUUGUUGGAAAAGGAUGACCGAUCUGUACGUAUAGCUGCUGGUGAAGCUCUUGCGGUGAUUUUUGAGUUGGGAACUCUAGAGAAGUUCUCUGCCGAAGCCAAAGGGUCUGCUAAUGGAACACUGAAAGAAGGAACUGUUUCUCAGGAGUCAUUGAUGCACAUGCAUGGCUUGAAGGCUAAAGUCACUAAGCAAGUUAGAGAGCUCUCUGCAGAGGCAGGUGGUAAAGGUUCUGCGAAGAAAGAUCUCAACACCCAACGAAAUUUGUUCAAAGAUCUUGUUGAAUUUCUUGAGGAUGGAUACGCUCCUGAAACCUCGACAAAAGUGGGAGGGGACUAUUUAGAGACGUCAACGUGGUAUCAGAUGAUUCAGUUGAAUUAUUUGAAACAUUUCCUUGGGGGUGGUUUUAUUAAGCAUAUGCAGGAGAAUGAAUUCCUUCAUGAUGUAUUUAGUUUCACUCCAAAGAAGAUUGGUGGAGGAAAGAUGACUAAUGAUGAAAAGAGGUUGUUUAAAUCACCAAACUCAGCUCUCAACAAAGCAAGAACGCAGUUCCUGACCAAGCAGAGGAUGUUAGCUAAGAAUAUGAACAUUGGGCAUUACGCAGCGACAGAAACGAUGGAGGAAUGAUCUUUACAGUUGACUUUGAAGCUUUGCAAACUCAUCUGCUGCUCUUGGAGAGUGUUGUUGUAUCAUUACACUUAUUUUUGUUACAUGUUUUUUAGUCAUUGGUCCCCUCAUUACACUUUGGAAUCUCUUUUCAUUAUAACAAUUUUCGACUCUCGAGUGUUAUUCAAUAGUCUUUGAUGUUAUAGAGCCAUUGACCAAUUGUAUUUUACUUGAAUUGUCUCUGAAUAAUCCAAAUUGGGUUCCAA